AUGUCGUUCCUGGCGGAGAUCUUCUGGUUGGGCGCCGCCGUGUGCUACUCUGUCAUCUCUGCGUGGGGACCGUGCUCCGCGUUGGAGAUGUUAUGGUUUGGCAACGUCGAGUGCUACUUCGUCUUCUUCGCCUUUAGAUUGUGCUCUGAGGUCGAGAUCUUGUGGUUUGGCACCGUCGAGUGCUACUUCGUCUUCUUCGCCUUUAGAUUGUGCUCUGAGGCGGAGAUCUUGUGGUUUGGCACCGUCGAGUGCUACUUCGUCUUCUUCGCCUUUAGAUUGUGCUCUGAGGCGGAGAUCUUGUGGUUUGGCACCGUUGGGUGCUACUGUGUCUUCUUCGCCUUUAGAUUGUGCUCUGAGGCGGAGAUCUUGUGGUUUGGUUUCAUCGUAUGUCGCUGUUACGUCCUGCACAACUGCGUGCUCUACAACUUUCUCUUUGAGGGCUGCGUCUGCAACGACUCCCGUGGCAACCUCGAUCUCUGCAAUACGACCACCUCGUUUGCCGAGUCAAUGACGACGCCGCUCACACCAGCAUCCUCCCAAAGUAUGCCGGCGAGGUUCUCAGCAUGCACAUGCGCAUCCUUUACAAGUACAUCUUCAACGGCAUCAUCUUUCACCAUGCACGACCACACUCUCUACCAAGGCAUGCUCUAUGACGAGAUGUACUAUACAACCGCAACUUCUACGGCGACGUCUUGUGCAGCCCCUUUCUGUGAUUAUGUUGUGCACGGCAACCCGCUCUACGGCAUCACUUUGGACGACGGCAUCCUUUGUGGCAACACCUUCUUCUACCACAUCCUCUUCAUCAACAUUGCUGAUGGCUACCCCUUCUACAUCCGCAUCAGCAGCAGCGCUGACGACGACACCUUCUACAUCCGUAUCGACUACCACGUCCUCUACAUCAACGUCUUCGCCGACGGCAUCUUCUGCAUCAACAUCGUCAGCUUCCGCAUCCUUUACAUUGACAUUCUCGAUGGCCACACGCUCUACAACAACACCACCAUCCACUACAUCCUCUACAUCAACAUCGUCGGCGUCGCGGACUACCACAUCCUCUACAUCAACACCGCCGUCUACCACAUCCUCUACAUCAACAUCGUCGGGUACCACAUGCUCUACAUCAUCGUCGCCGACUCCCACAUCCUCUACAUCAACACCCCCGUCUACCACAUCCUCUACAUCAAGACCGACGUCUACCACAUCCUCUACAUCAACAUCGUCGGGUACCACAUGCUCUACAUCAUCGUCGCCGGCUCCCACAUCCUCUACACCAACACCGCCGUCUACCGCAUCCUCUACAUCAACAUCGUCGGGUACCACAUGCUCUACGUCAGCGUCGCCGACUACCACACCUGCUUCCUCCGCGGCGUCGACCACCAUAUCCUCUACAUCAACAUGUUCGCCGACGGCAUCUUCUACAUCAACCUCGUCGACUACCACAGCCUCUGCAUCAGCAUUUUGAAUGAUACCAACAUCAUUGCGGACCUUAUCUUAUACAUCAAAAUGCUCGAGGACCCCAUCUUCUAUAUGAGCAUCGUCUACUACCACACCGUCUACAUUAACAUUGCUGACGGCGACUACCUCUACGUCCACAUCAUCGACUAUCACGUCCGUCUAUGUCAACAUGUUCGCCGACCACAUCUUCAACGUCAACCUCUCCGACCACCGCGCCACAUCAACAUGACUGAUUACCACAUCUUCCAAGUCAGCAUCUUGAGCUACCACAUCUUCUACAUCAUCAUCGUCGGUUACUACAUCCUCUGCGCCAUCAUCGUCGAUAUCCACAUCUUCUACGACCACAUCUUGUACGACCACAGCGUCUUCGACUACAUCGUCUACGACUACGUCUUCCACUACGAAAGUUUCCACAACUAUGCUUGUUACGACCACAUCACUUACGAUUACGUCAUCUACGACCGCAUCCUUUGCAGCAGCACUGCUUACCGUGACGCCUUCUACCGGAACGUCCUGCGUGGGAUCCUCUAUAACAAUAUGCUCGACUUCCUCGAUAAGCGCUUUGCGGACGGCAACAGCCUUCACCACAGCUUCUACAGACUUAUCUUCCUUCGCAUCCUUCACAGCUGCACCCUCUGCGGUCACAUCGUCUACUAUGCUCACAACAACUGCGUCCUCUACAACGGUGCCUUGCACUUCCACGUCUUCUACAACAACACGCUCGAGGAGUACGCUGCACCCUCCUUGACAACGUUUCCACGGCUACAACCUCUUUGGAUCUUUGACGACAUCACGAACGACGGCGGCCACUACGACCACCUUCCCCACCACAGCAUCAUGGGUCACGAAGUCGUCCAUGUUCACGCCCGGCCCAUGCUCCCAAAGUACAAUAGCACGCUCCACACGUACACUCAGCUCGACAUCUACAACGUCCACACCGCCGGUUACCAGUGUGACGACAGCAUCAUCGUGGAGCUCCUCUACCGCGAUGGUGUCUACAAUGUCGCUGCUAUCUGCCUGUACUUUGGCGCCCUCAACAUCGGUAUCUUGGAUUCCGAAGUCUAUGUCAAGCACCCGAACAUCAAGACCCAAUCAUGGGCGCGUCAAUGUCGAUGA